UCUCUUUUAGGAAAUAAUCUAUUUAAUCAAUAUUGACAUCUUAAGGUUAGGAAAUUUCAUAUAUAACACGUAGUUACUGGUGCCUUCAACCAUAUAGUUUAGGUCACCACAACCCCUGGGCUUUUACUAUUUGACAGUUUGUGUUAAAACAAACAGAUGACCUUUUUUUAUUUUUUUUAUUUUUUGCUUGCAGUCAAAAACCAAUGAGAUAUUUUUCCAUAAUUCAUAUUGAGAACGCCAUUAUGCUAAAUUUCGCCCAUGAAUCUUAUCCUUUAGUAAGUUUCGAUUGAUUUGUUAAUAAAACAUCUGACCGUGUGUGGUAACAGUGGGUAUAACUCUUUAAAAAGCAACAGUAGCAAAAAAAAUAAAAAAUGUCUAACGGUGUUAGGAAUGCAGAUGAGGGGGAUAUUGAUCGUUCUUGAUUCUUUUUAAUAUGUAUUAAUAAAUUCCACAACCUUUAGACUGCCAAGGAUGAAAGCAUUUACUCAAUGCAUGCAUUGGGGGGAAAAAAACAGAAUUUCUUUCUUGGCAUAGGUGUAAAAGUGUGUGUGUGAAAGUAAUAUCUAAAAAAAUAUUGUUACUUUUAUUGCUCAUGUUGUUCUGUAAACUUUAAAAAAUGUGGCGAAGUUAAUGCUCUAUGGGCUGUAGGAAGAAAAUGUGUUUCCUAAAAACUCUGUUGCCAUUCAUUUACAAGUCUUGGAGUCCUUUGGGUCAGCAGACUCUUUCAUUUGAAUAUAAAGCAUUAAAAGAAAAGGGAUUGCUGAAUUUUUUGAUCUACUGUAUUUCUAAUUUUUAUACUGUUGAUUCUGUCUGCUUUGUCACCGCCUUAUAAGAGUAGCUAAGGUAUUUAGCUGUCAAAAAAGGUUUAUUUUUUAUUUAUUUUUGCGAUGGUAUAUUAAAAAAAUAACCUUAAAUCAGCGCAGUGCGCCAGGCUGCCAUAGAAGAACAGUUGGCUAGCACUUUCUUCCUGACUUCGUAGAUGUCGCUGUUGACCAUAUUUGAGCUGCAGCCCAAGCUGGCCACGGACCAUGUGACCUGCAGGGAGGUAGCAGCUCAAGGCCAUUUUCAAAUCUCAUUGGCUUACUUGUCAUGUGGUUGUGCAGAGGCAUCCACAAUUACACAGGGAAUGUUUUCCUAGAGAUGUCAGCCUACAAAGGACACAAUCUCUCUUCUUCAAAUUCCUCCCCAAAAUGUCCUUUCCAAACAGCUCUCCUGCUGCAAAUACUUUUUUAGUAGAUUCUUUGAUCAGUGCCUGUAGAAGUGACAGUUUCUAUUCUAACAACGCCAGCAUGUACAUGCCACCUAGCUCAGACAUUGGGACUUAUGGGAUGCAAACCUGUGGACUGCUACCAUCUCUGGCAAAAAGAGAAGUCAAUCACCAAAACAUGGGUAUGAAUGUCCAUCCCUAUAUACCUCAAGUAGACAGUUGGACAGAUCCGAACAGGUCUUGCCGAAUAGAGCAACCUGUUACACAACAGAUCCCCACUUGUUCCUUUCCUACCAGUAUUAAGGAGGAAACCAAUUGCUGCAUGUAUUCAGAUAAGAGAUCAAAAGUCAUUUCUUCAGAAGUGCCAUCAUACCAGAGGCUCGUCUCUGAGAACUGUUCUGUUGAGAACUCUGAGGUCCCCGUCCCAGGAUAUUUUAGGCUGAGCCAGACCUACGCCAGUGGGAAACCCCAAGAGUACAAUAAUACCCAAGAAACCAGUUCAUCCUUAAUGUUACAGCUAAACCCCCGCGGCAGCUCCAAACCUCAGCUAUCUUCUCCACAUCAGAUGGAUAAGAAAAUGAAUGAAAACCCGGGCAGCCAAGACUCUUCCAAAGUGUCUGCUGGGGAAAGUCCUGAGACCAAAUCUGCCCUGCAGGAGGAUAGAAGUUGCCUGGCUGAGGUGUCUGUGUCCAGCCCAGAAGUACAAGACAAGGAAAGUAAAGAAAUCAAGUCUGACACUCCAACAAGCAAUUGGUUAACUGCAAAGAGUGGCAGGAAGAAGAGGUGCCCGUACACUAAACACCAGACACUGGAGUUAGAGAAAGAAUUCUUGUUUAAUAUGUAUCUGACGCGAGAGCGCCGCCUAGAGAUCAGUAAGAGCGUGAAUCUCACUGACAGGCAGGUCAAGAUCUGGUUUCAAAAUCGCAGAAUGAAGCUAAAGAAGAUGAGCAGAGAAAAUCGAAUUCGUGAACUGACCGCUAAUUUGACUUUUUCCUAAAGCCCACCAAACUGGGUUAAAACGUUUUGUCACAGCAUCAGCCAUUGCUCAGAAGCAGGAGAGACUAUUGGAACCAUAUCACAUCAUUUCCUGUGAUCUAGAAUGUGAUUUUCGUCAUUUUUUUUAGUGCUGCAAGUGUCUAUAUGUACUUCCAUAAGUAUAUAAAUAAUAAUUAAAGAUCUAGCACAUGUAAUUUAUUUUUUUUCACCGUAUGGCAGGGUACAAUGAAGAAAGUUUAUCAUGUCGUCUUAAAUUAUUUGGACUGUUCAAGAUAUCCAAGCAAUGUGACUUUUUCAUGUUUUUACUAAAAUGCUUUUUCUGUAUGUUACUUUAUGGACCUUGACAUUUUAACCUUCAUGACUAUUCUUAUUGACUUUCGGGGGAAGAAAAAGCACAUUUUCUGUAAAUGUCUGCUCCAAAUAAGUGCGAAAUAGCUGCAAAUAUGUUUGUAAAUGUGUAGUUGAUUUGACUCGUAAUCCUUGUAGAAGUCUCCUUGUGAUAUGUGGUAAUAUCAUUGAGACAGCUCUGUGUCCAUACCGUGCAUGAUCUCUGCAUGUCUUAUGCAAUAAACUGUCUGAACGCUU